AUGGCCAUGAAAUCAUUCAAUAGCUUGUUUGCAAUCAUGGCUAUUUUGGCUAGUUUAACUUUACUCAUUAAAACAUCCCACAGUUCUCCAGUUGAGGUUAAUUAUGCCCCAGGACCUUUGUCAGCGUAUGGCAAAUAUUUGAGUAACUGUGCAAGCAAGUUAAAACCAAUUUGUGGCCAAGAAAUAUUUUCAGGAGUAUUUGUUGGUAGUCACGCCGUCAGUGAUAAUUGUUGCCAUAGCCUAGUGAAUGACAUGGGAAAAUCAUGUCAUGUUGACCUGACCAAAUAUGGGGCAAGUUCGCCAACAUUCAAGAAGAACGCAACUGAAAUUAUGGAGAGAUGCUACAAGGUGUGGGAUUAUUGUAGUCUAGUUCACCUUCAUUAG